GACUGAUUACCAUUGUUGGAAAUCGUGUACGUUGGCGCAACAAGUCCAAUUGUGGGUUGGUUGAAUGUGUCUAGCAGCUAACGUGAACGUGAAAGGCGGAUGAUAGCAAACGACGGCGUCAACGAAGUUUACAACAACAAAAGCGACAUUAGCGAAUACAACGAACGACGCUGCGAAGCUAGAAAUAACAAGUGCUUGUGCAGACCAAAGCAAGUCCAAUUAGAUAGCAAUGCCGUUGAAAUUUCUGAAAAAGUGUCGUCAAUACAACGUGACUUCGAAGAGCCUGUUUGUCAUCUCUGUGCAUCAUUUAUUGGUCCGACAAAGGCUGUGCAAAUAGCAGCCGCAAUUUCCAGGGACAACUACAACACAAAACUAUCACGUAGUCAAUGCAUAAAAUUAGCUUCGGACUGGAACAGACCUUUUUAAUACCGCCCACAUCCUCACCAAAACUCGACCACCAAUUUACUCAUUUAGUGCAACAACACUCACUAUAGAGCACAUACUAACAGUAUUUCCAAACUCGAAGAUUAAUAGAAGCAUUCAAGACAUCUGGAUUAUAAAAAUAGAAACAUCGAAGAAAUAGAAAAAUCAUUCGAAAUUCAUCACCUCAAUAAUCAAAUCUAACUAAAAGCGACAUCAACAAUGGCACUCAAUGACCUAGACGUCCGGUGCUGACAUUGUACUUGGCAAAUUUAUUUUGCAAAAU